AUGAGCUCAGAGCAGCGCCGGCCCGGAGGAGGCUCCGCCUUCGGGCCGAGCUCCAAGAGCGGCUCCGCCUUCGGGCCGGGCUCUGUGAGCAGCUCCACCUUCGGGCCGAGCUCCAAGAGCGGCUCCGCCUUCGGGCUGAGCUCCGGGGAGCGGCUCCGCCUUCGGGCCGGGCUCUGUGAGCAGCUCCACCUUCGGGCCGGGCUCGGGGAGCGGCUCCGCCUUCGGGCUGAGCUCCGCUCCGUCCUCGCUCCGUCCCCGCUCCGUCCCCGCCUUCGCUCGGCCCGCAAGAUGUUGGCCAGUGGGAUGCGAGUUUUCCUGCUCCUCCUUUGGACAACAAACACACCUCAGGGUGCAGGAGUUCAGGUUUUGCCACCUGUUAACUUCACCCUCACAGUCUCUGCAUUAGCACAGGUGCUGUUACACUGGGAGCCAAACCCUGCUCAGCAACAAAACAACUCCACCAUUAGAUACGAUGUGAAAAUCCUGAGCCCUGUGCCAGAAGAGUAUGACACCAAGAGGACUCGCAGUGUCCGAACAGCAGCGCUGCACGACGGCUUCAUCGCACGAGUGAGGACCCUGCUGCUCCAGGGCCACCUCCAGAUGGGCAGUGACUGGGUGGAGGGAAACCUCCCACCCCUGCCAGGUGCUGCAGACACCUCUGCCACCAACGUGUCGUGUGUCACCCGUGUCACCAGCCCUGGCAAUGUCUCUCUCCACUGCACUUGGCUCCCCGGCCAAGGGGCACCAGAAGACACCAAAUACUUUCUGUUUUACAGGUAUGAGGCACACACGGAGGAAUGUGCCACCUACACCAAAGACAAGAGGAGCGGGAAUACCGAGUGCAGAUUUGCGAGUACUCAGAUUAAACCCGAUGAGAUUGACAACCUCAUUGUCAUUCACAUUAAUGGCUCCAGCCGACGUGCUGCAAUCAAGCCUUUCCAGCAGUUAUUUAACCAAAAUGCCAUCGAGAAAGUGAAUAUUCCCAGAAACAUCAGCAUAUCCCUGGAGCAAAAUGAUCUCCUGGCCACGUGGGAGAAGCCAAUUUCUCCUUUCCAUGAGGAAUGUUUUGAAUAUGAAUUUUAUCUCAUCAACCUGAAGUCAGGUAACAAGCAGAUCCUGAAAAUCUCCUCCAACAGCUUCCAGCUCCAGGUGGAUGGCAGCAGCAGAUAUUCCAUAAGGAUCAGGGCCAACCACAACCACAUCUGUCGUGCCAGAGGCUUCUGGAGUGACUGGAGUGAAAUUAUUUAUGUUGGGCAAAAUAAACUGGAGAAUUCCAUAGCCUGGAUUCUCACUCUGCUUUGUGUGUCCAUGUCCUGCACAUUGCUGCUUGUUGCUGUAAUAUGCAAAACAAACCACGUUUGGAGUAAACUGUUCCCACCGAUCCCAACCCCCAGCAACAAAUUCAGAGACCCUUUCCCAAUUGAGUACGAGAGAGCACGGACCUGCACCAGCUCCACGGGGACCGAGGUGUGCAGCCUGGCUGAAGGGUUCCCCUGCAGUGUCCUCGAUGACUCCGUGUUCUGAGAGGCUCCACAGCAUCACCCAGCUCUGGAGAGGGCUCUGGGUCACCUCCCUGUGUCCCUGUUCCCAGUGGGGAGGAGGAUUUGCAUCC